AUGGCCACAUCUGGCAGGAUCAGUUUUACAGUGAGGAGCAUUUUGGAUUUACCAGAGCAUGAUGCUCAUAGCAUAAAGCAAGCCUCUGACCAUCACCACUCAGCGGAGAACUACACCGGCUCGCCGUAUCGAGGGUGGAUAGAAACGGACAGAAAUCACUAUCCCUCUUCCGACGAGAGCGGCCCGGAGAUGAGUUUGCCCGACUCCACCCAAAGGUCGCUCCCCGCCCGCGGCUCGGAGGCCGAGGAGAAGAAGAAGAAGCGGCGGGUUCUCUUCUCCAAGGCGCAGACGCUGGAGCUGGAGCGGCGGUUCCGGCAGCAGCGAUACCUUUCGGCGCCGGAGCGGGAGCAGCUGGCCCGGCUGCUCAGCCUCACCCCCACGCAGGUGAAGAUCUGGUUCCAGAACCACCGCUACAAGAUGAAGCGGGCGCGAAGCGAGGGCCCCGGCAGCCCCCAGCCGCGCCCGCCCGCCCUGCUGCGCCGGGUGGUGGUGCCGGUGCUGGUGCGGGACGGGGAGCCCUGCCGCGGCUGCCCCGCCAGUCCUCCGGCACCCCCAGCGCGCCCCAAGCUGGGCUGUGCCCUGGCGGGAUGCAGCGCCCAGGCCUCCCUCGCCCUGCAGGGCUACCGAGCCUGUCCGCCCGCCGCCGCCCUCGGCGUCUUCCCCGCGUACCAGCACUUAGCGCAUCCCGCCGUGGUCUCCUGGGGAUGGUGA